GGGACUUCCCUGGAGUCAAAGCCACGCCUUUUCCAGGCUCGGUGCCAGGUUCCUGUCCCGUGGGGUGGCGGGUCCCAGGAAGGGAAGAGCCCAGUCCCGGUGGACACUGACAUCCUCUCUCGCUCUCUGGCGCUCUGCCCAACCUUUUCCAGGCAUGUGACUUAAUCCGUUCCCACAACCAGCGCUUUCUCCGUGAGUUCCUCAGCCAGGACCGCUGCCAUGCAGGUGAUUGUUACCCACCCAACCGUCACGACCACUGUGGGGUCCCCAACCGUCCUAGAGUCCCCUCGGGCCCUGACCCAGCCCCUGGGCCUCCACCGCCUGCUGUCCGUCACCCUCUAUGCCACUGCCCUUGUCCUCUGGCCUCUCUACCAGUUCAGCGAGAAGUAUGCCGCCCAGCUCUGGCGGGCAGUAGAUGUGAGCUGCAGUGACAGAAACCCCUACCAUGUGUGUAGCUGGGACCGCCGACUGGCUGUGACCAUCCUGACGGCUGUCAACCUGCUGGCCUACGUGGGCGACCUGGUGUACUCUGCCCACCUGGUUUUUGUCAACGUCUAAGACUUUCAAAAGGCUCCGUUUCCUUCUGCAACCUCUUCAUCCUUCUCCCCCGAGUUUUCUUUAUUGCAUAUUCAUUUCCUCUGUUUUUCUCUUCCUGUCUCCCCUCCUCCCCCUUUUACUUUUUUUCUAAAUUCAUCGCUCGCUUUCCCAGUUCCCUGAUGCAUCUUCUUCCCUUUCCCUCUGGCCGUUUCCUACCUAUUUUGUUCUGUUGCCCACAAUGUUUUCACCCCUGAGCUGUUUCUCUAUUUCCAGUCUCUCUUUUCUUUCCUUCCUCCUAUCUCUUUUCUAGGUUUCCUGUUGGUUUUCUCAUCUGCCUGUUUCCCAACCAGCUUCUCCUAUUUCCUCUGGAGCCCUGACCCUUUUCUUCUCCUGCCCCCACCCACCUCCAGAGGCGAUGAGCUCCACACCUCCACACCCUUUGCAGCUGUCCGUGCCAUGUCCUCCCAAGGGGCCUUCUGCUCACCUCCACCCUAGCUGUGCCUUUCUCAAUGUGUACCUAUGUGUGUUUGGGGGAAUGGGAAUUGGAUCUCCUUUCUCCCAGUGGAGGAAGGUGUGCUGUGCACCUCUCCUUUAAAUUAAAAAAUAUUUAUGUAUCUCUAGAGGUCAGUGAGCAGGAGGCUUUAAGCACAGACCCUGAAUGCCAAGGCCCUGCCUUGCACUCUGAUAUGCCAGAGAUUGGCUCCAGAAUUUUUGCCAGGCUUACAGAAAACCCACUGCCUAGAGGUUAUCUAAAAGAAAGCAAGGGACAAAUGCCUUUCAUCCCAACUGUUCUUUUCAGUAUCAAAAAAAAAAGUCAAGUACAGAACCACAGGAUCUUGAAGACAACUGUUGGAAGUAUUUGUGAGGGACAGUGAUGUGCCCUUCCAGCCUCAAUGUUAAAAAUAACAUGUCCUUCAGAAUUUGUGGAAGGAGAUAAUAAGUAAUAAAUAAAUAAACAACAUGUUCUGCUUUGGCAAAGAGGAGAAAAUGGCCACUGCCGGCCUUCAAGGCAGUAUCAGCUUUGAUUUCUUUUCCUUUCUUCUUCCUGGUCAUAAGGGCAGAAAUUUUACUGGAUGGCCCUUAAAAAUGUAAGUUUUGGCCCUGCUGAGUAGCUCAUGCCUAUAAUCCCAGCCCUUUGGGAAGCCAAGGUAGGCAGAUCAUUUGAGGUCAGAAAUUCGAGACCAGCUUGUGCAACAUGGCAAAAAUUCGUCUCUACUAAAAACAUAAAAAUUAGCCUGGUGUGGUGGCAGGCGCCUGUAGUCCCAACUUCUCGGGAGGCUUAGGCGGACUUGUUUGAACCCAGGAGGUGGAGGUUGCAGUGAGCCAAAAUCACACCACUGCACUCCUGCCUGGGUAACAAAGCCAGACUCCAUCUCAAAAAAAAAAAAAAAAAAGGAAGUUUCUUUUUUCUCUUUUAUGAGCGGGUGGGAAGGUGGGGAUUGCUGCUGCCCUAACCAGAGGAGUGGCUUUGCUUGACUGUGUGGUACACAUGCCCAGGUGUUGCCAUGUGCUAAUUCCUUCCUGCUGCUGCUUCCUGCUUCUCUGGGACUCAUGUGCAUAAUGUGAUAUAUAUAAAUAUGUGUGUGUGUAUGUGUGUGUGUGUGUGUGUGUGUGUGUGUA